UGCGCGAGUUGCUGGGGACCGUGGCGGCGGGCGCGCGCGAGGGCGGAUCGGAAGUCGCCGCAGGCCCAGAAGGACGUAAACCCUUCGCCCGCAGCGUCCUUGUUUCUCUUUGCGAACUUCUGGGCUUCUCUGCUCUUCCAAGAAUCAUUCUUGCUUGGGGCCUGGGAGCUGGCGUCCGGUCCACGAUGAGCUGUAAGGGAAAGAAUAUGAUGGAGAUGAUGAAGUUCCUUAGCAGUCAUCGCGAUUUUGACAGAGUUUUGGACAAGGUGAAUUUAGUCUCUGCUGUCCCUGGGAAAAUGAUCUGUGAAAUGAAAGUGGAAGAGCAGCACACGAAUAAAAUGGGCACUCUCCAUGGUGGCAUGACAGCCACCCUAGUGGAUUGCAUAUCGACAUUUGCUCUGAUAUGCUCAGAGAGAGGAGUACCUGGAGUCAGCGUCGAUAUGAACAUAACGUACAUGUCACCUGCUAAAAUUGGAGAUGAUAUAGUGAUUACAGCACAUAUUCUGAAGCAAGGAAAAACACUUGCCUUUGCCUCUGUGGAUCUGACGAACAAGGCCACGGGAAAAUUAAUAGCACAAGGCAGACACACAAAACACCUGGGAAACUGAGAACAGCAGUGUAACCUACAGAAACCCAAAAAUGAAUGUCCACUUGGACUUGAACAAAUAUUCAUUCUCAAAAUAAAUUAGCACAACCAGAA